AUGUCGAGCACCGCGGAGAGUCCCGACGGUGGCAUGGCACUCCAGUCGCAUUACUCACUUAGGUGGAACAACCACCAGGCCCACAUUCUCCAGUCCUUUGAGGCCCUUUUACAUGCCGAGAUUUUCGUCGAUGUCACUCUCGUUUGUUCUGACAACAUAUUUAUAAAAGUCCCGUUCUUCGAGAGGAUAUUCGCGGAGCACCCGUGCAAGCACCCGGUGAUAGUCCUAAAAGACUACAACUCCCGGGAGGUGGCAGCACUAAUCGACUUCAUGUACCGCGGAGAAGUGCGGGUAGGGCACGAAGACCUAGCAAACUUAAUGCGAGCCGCAGAAACUUUGCACGUGCGCGGACUAGCCUCGUCAGAACCGCGACCAGUGUCUCCCCCAGCGACGCCAACAGCCGCAGAAACAAGCGACGAGCUCCUAGGUUCCGACCGACUGACCCCGGAACCGCUUCGGCAGUCGACGCCGCACGACGAGGAGUCCAGUUCUCCCCGCCUAGCAUCUCGGGGGUUCCGGGAACGUGAACGGGAACGAGAACGAGAAAGGUUACCACACAUGACCCACCUGAACUUCUCCUUGCGAGACUGCACCUCGCCGCUGCCCAGGCGGAAGCAGGCCCGGCCCAGAAGAAGGUCCGGGGAACUAAUCCCCCAAGACCUGAGCAAGCCGCACCCCCCACCAAGCCCGAGUCCGCCCCUGAACUUCACCAGCCGGCACUCGCCGCAGAACUUCCAGCCGCUGCACCAACCUUCGGUGGCCCCCAAUGAGGACAUAGCCGAGAAUUUAUCGAUGAAGCGGUCGGAACCUUCCCCUGUGGAGCAGAUAAAAACGGAGAGCGAGCCAGCGAGCAGCCCCAGGUGCUCGCCCCUAACUGGAACCGGCCUCCAGCCCGACAGUUCCAUCCACGACCUUCCUCCGUCGGGGAUGACGGCUCUCUCCGCGCUGUCUUUAACGCCUCCCCACCACCAAAGCGAGUAUUUGGCGAACCUGAGCCACCUGGCGGCUCACUGGGGGCCGGGUCCCCAGCAGGCGCAGCUCCCCCACCACCGAGAAGACAGUCCGCACGCGAACAGGCUCCACCCCUUUCAGGAUUCAGCCUUGACUCCCAGACGGUCGGUCUUUCCCAUGGACGGAACCUCCCUCUUUCCGCCCGGGGGCCUGGAACGGGGGCUCCUGCUCGCGGAUUUGCACGACAGCUUCAAGCCUGAGGCCCUCCACGGCCUGUUCGGGGGCGCGAACCUCAUCCACCACCCCACCAAGAAGUCCAAGAAGCACAGGGGCGAAGACGGCCCCCGCAGGUGGUCGGACCACACCAGAAUGCCCCUGGGAAGGCCAAAGGGGCAGCACAGUGCCCCCCGUGGCGGCCCCCCGCGUUCCUGGACCAAUGCGGAACUCACUGAGGCUCUCCAGCACGUGUGGAACAAGAAGAUGACGACGUCUCAGGCCAGUAGGAUCUUCGGAAUUCCGUACAACAGUCUUCUGAUGUACGUCAGGGGCAAGUACGGCAAAAGUUUGAAGCUGGAACAGCUGAGAAAAGACUGUACCGGCGGGGAAGUUAUGAAUUCGCUUAAUAAUAAUGUCAAGGCUGUUCCUCCGCCCCAGAUGAGCCACCCCCUGGGGCUCCCCCACCCCGACGACCAGUUCCCGACGCAUUCGCUGCUCCAUCAGGGGUUCUAUCCGGAUUUUGGUGCGGCUUUUCCUGUUCCGGUUAACAUGGUUCAUCUUCUGCCCCCCAGCGAGCAGAAGGCCUUCGAAGCCGCCGCGAACCCUGGCGCUGGGCCCUGUGAACUCACUCCUCCGAGCAGGUCGCCCUCUCCCGGUGCGGCGCUUAUUCACGAGAUUCCGCAGACGCCUCAGUCCGCUCCAGCGCUACUGCAGCAGAAUGGGGAAUGA